CUUGGGAAGGGGCUCUGGGGAAAUCCCAUUCCCUGCACACCCGAGGGCUCAUCGAGCUGGCAGGAGCCAUCUCGUGUGGCACAGGACGCUCUCCCCUGGCCUACGUUGGCUACGGAUGCUACUGUGGACUGGGAGGACAAGGCUGGCCCAGGGACAGAACAGACUGGUGCUGCCACAGGCACGACUGCUGCUAUGACAAGGCAGAGAAGGAAGGCUGCAGCCCCAAGGCCCAGAGGUACCAGUGGGCAUGUGAGCACAACACUGUCCAGUGUGAUAACCUGACAGACCCCUGUGAAAAAAUGGUGUGCCUGUGUGACCAAGAAGCAGCCAAGUGUUGGGGAGCAGCCCCAUACAACCCCCACUUCAUCCUCUGGCCAGACUUUUUGUGUGGACAGACCCACCCCACCUGCCACUUCAGUUAUGGGGGGGCAGAAUAA